UCGCAUACAAAUUUUAUUCACAAUUCGCUCGAUAAAAUCGUCGACAAAAUGGAGUCCGAUAGCGGCGAGGAAGAGUUUCUUGGGUUUGAAGUUGAGGAUGUAGAGAGAGUUCGAGCAGAAAUAAAUUUUGAAAGAAGUGAUGAGUCUGAUGUGUCAGUUUCGAGUGAGAAUGACAGCGGUUCAGCGAGCGAGAGCGAGAGCGAAAGAGAAGAAGAAACUGAUGAAACGGAGUGGACGACCGAUGACUCGCCAGUAGUAGUUCCCGAAUUUAGUGAAAGAACGGGAGCAACUUGGAGAGUUCCUGAGGAUGGUUUUGCCCUUGAUUUCUUUUUGCUGAUGUUCGAAGAAGAAUUAUUCGAACUUCUUGCCAGGGAGACAAACAGGAAAGCAGACCAAGAGAUGCGAACCAAACCAGACCCACAGUGGUAUCCUACUUCGGCAGAGGACAUACGUGCGUUUAUUGGUGUAAACAUCUUAUUCGGCAUAAAACAUCUGCCCGAAGUUCGACUGUACUGAUCUCGUAAUCCGUUUCUCGGGGUAUUAAGCGUUCAGAAAAUAUUUCCGAGAAAUCGUUUUGAAAAGGUACGCAGGUACCUUAAGCUAAAUAAUCGUGAUAACAACUUUCCUCGUGAAGAUCGAAGGCACGACAAGUUGUUCAAAGUGCGGCCCUUGUUGGAUUCCGUUUCACGCAGCUUUCGCAUGAAAUAUCGGCCUUCGAGAUUUCUUUCCAUCGACGAAGCGAUGGUGAAGUACAAAGGCAGGUUAGGAUUUAAACAGUAUCUACCUCUCAAGCCUGUGAAGAGGGGUAUUGAAGUUUGGGUUCGUGCUGAUGCGACAAAUGGCUAUGUGUGCGAAUUUCAAGUUUACACCGGAAAACACGGCAAUGAAAUCGAACAUGGCCUCGGUCAUCGAGUCGUUUCUGACCUCGUUCGUUCCCUACACGGGAAAAAAUAUCACAUCUUUUGUGAUCAUUUCUUUACUUCUGUAAAACUUGCAGAAGAUCUUUUGGAAAAUGAUCUCUACCUUUGUGGAACAACGCGUUCGAAUCGAAAGGACUUUCCAAAACAACUCAAGCCAAAUGUGGCCGCUGUGAAAGCUCUUCGUCGCGGCGAAUCGCUCUUUCGACGAAAAGGGGACGUUGUUGCGACCGUGUGGAAGGACAAAAAAUUGGUUUCCUUCAUAAGCACACAAUGCCAGGUUGGGGGAAACGAGACCGUUUCUCGAAAGCAAAAGGACGGGUCAAUUAUCCAAGUCCCAACUGUUCCUGUGGUGCAACUCUACAACAAAUACAUGGGAGGAGUUGACCUCAGCGACCAAAAGCGGCAGUAUUAUGAGUCCUCUCGUCGCGCAGAAAAGUGGUGGCGUUACUUGCUUUGGUUUAGCAUUGAUGUGUGUAUUGUCAACCCACAUAUUCUAAUGAUGGAGGCAGACAAUCAUCCCGAUCUAUCACAGCUUCAAUUUCGCAUUGAACUAAUCGAAGGGUUGAUUGGCGAGUUUACGGCACGACAGAGAAACACGGCAAUCGAAGGAACUGUACAAGCUCAUCACUGGCCCGUGCAAAUGUCCAAAGGAAGGUGCAAACGAUGCCUUAAGAGCAGAAAGAACACUUUUUGUCGAAUGGGAUGUGAACUGUGCGGGAUUCGAAUUUGUUUGACGUGUUUUAAGAACCAUCAUUCCGCAAACCUGUGACCACCAACCGCGCGAAAUUCGAAUUUGCGAGAACGGGAACUCUGAAACUUGAAAUGAAAUUACUCGUAAAUCCCAGACUUGCCAAUUUUUUUUGCAUUGUAUUUCACUUUGUUAUCUUAGAAAUUGAUAUAAUAUUCUUAAUCCUUUAGUAUGCUGCUUUUAGUGUUGAAUAAAUUUGAAAUUUUACCAGUAUAUUUCACAACUUACCUUGAAAUGAGGAGGAUCACUUAAAAUGCAGUUUUGUAUCGCAGUUAACUUGUUUGUAUAAACUCCAACUGCAUUAAUUUUAUAUUGAUAUGAAAGUUCUUUCUCUAUACAAUAAACUUUUAUUGCAUUGCAACUCC